AUGACAACGACUUGGAAGAACAGUCCUGAGCGAAUAUACAACAUAGAUGAAAAAGGACUAAUGGAGAAUCACAAGCCCCCAAACGUUGCCUCCAAUAAAUCGGUGCCAGUUGCAGUAACACUGCUGAGCUCGAACACGACGACAGUGAUCGGAUGUGGCAAUGCCAUUGGACAUGCCAUCCCUCCAUAUUUAAUUUUCAAAGGGAUGCGAAUGCGAGACGAGCUAUUGGAAGGUUGUUUGCCAGGAGCUAAUGGAACUGUCAGUGAUUCAGGCUGGUCCAACAGUGAAAUCUUCCAGAAGUAUCUUGCAGAGCACUUUGUCAAGUACUCUGUCCAGUCAACAGCAGAGAAACCAGUGUUGAUCUUGUACGACGGUCACAAGUCGCACGUCUCCAUAGUACUGAGUGAAUGGGCAAGAGAGAGACACAUCAUCCUGUUUGUGCUUCUAGCACAUACCUCGCAUGUACUUUAA